GAACUAACACGCCACAUCCUCCUCCGCCAUUUCACUAGCUUGAGCCCAUCGCACGGAGGCUUGGUCUGCACAGUUGUAUCUUUAAGCAAGAAAAUCACGCAAAACACGGAUAACAAACACGGAUUUUGCUAGUUUCAUAGCUCUUCGAUAUUGAACAGAGUGAUUUUUUUGUAUUCCAAAUCCACCGAAACAAGAAAAACUGCGCAAGAUGUCGACUGAACAACAGGCGCAGGCUGUUCCCGAGAAACCAGGCCCGCCGCCGCAGCAGCAACAGCAGGGGGAAGUGAACGGCAAGGCCAAACAUGAACCGGCCCCGCGGAAGGAGAGACCGCAGAAACGAGGAGGCAGCGGCCGCUUCGAACCCUACGGAAACCCGUCCAAGAGAUACCGUGUGUUUGUUAGCAACAUCCCGUACGACGUCAAAUGGCAGGCGCUCAAGGAUCUGAUGAAAGAGAAAGUGGGUGAGGUUACGUACGUGGAACACUUAAUGGACGCAGAAGGCAAGUCAAGGGUAAGUGGACCAAAAAAACAACCAUAGACGAACCUGUAUUUGUCAGCUUGAGUCAUUUACUUAAUCUUUCAACUGUUGUGGGGGAUGUUGUAUAAAAACCUGAGGAGAGGGCUCCGGAGGUAGAUCCUGAGGGGUGUGAGGGAGGCGUGCGGAGGAAGGUGUUCGGUGAAUGUUUGUGGCACUGAACUUGGCUCCUCCGGCGUCCGGAUUGGGGACUGUGUUCUCCUGUGCCGUUCGCCUGUGAGCAGUAGCUAGCUACGUCCCUCUGCUGGUCGUGUUGGUUCAUUAGGCGUGUAGCCCUUACACGGGCACCAGGCCCCUAGGGAGGGCGGAACAGGGCUGUUUGUAUCGCCGUCACACGAAUCCUGAAGCCUAGACUCUGGUUUGUGGGUCAGAUAUUUCCAGUAGCUUUCCAUGGAAACCCCAUUUUGUUAGGGUCCUCCUGGCUUUGAAUUGGAAACUUGAGUGCUUAAGAUUGACCUGUGCUUUUUGUAAUGUUUGGUGGGCUAGCGUUUCUAAGAGGUAAGAAUUUAAGGCCUAGACUGUAUUGCUUUUGUGUAGAUUAAAUAUCUAUUAUAAUGCCUGUCUUCAUAUAAAGUUUUGCCUGUGGGGGGGAACACAUUUUUGUGCAAUUUACCACGGCUGAUUUCUAACUUGAAUGAUCUUGUCUUCUACUUUUGUCGGUGUCGUUGCGGUCGUUGCUGUCUUCCAUCAACCAAGGGAUGCGCGGUGGUUGAGUUCAGGACCGAGGACCUGAUGAAGAAAGCGGUGGAGAAGGUGAACAAGCACAACCUGAACGGACGCCCUCUCAAGGUCAAAGAGGACCCAGAUGGCGUGAUCGCCCAGAGGGACGCCCGCAGAGCCGGGGGAGGGAACGGAGGCGGCGCCCCCGGAGGUCACGGAGGCAUGAACAUGGGCAACAUGGGCAACAUGAACAUGGGCAUGAACAUGGAGCGCAUGGGCAUGGAGCGCAUGGGCAUGGAGCGCAUGGGGCCCGGGCCGGGAGCCCCCCCCGUGGUCAACAUCCCUCCCAGUCUCAUGAACAACCCCAGCAUCCCCAAUGACAUCAUCCACGGCCUGCAGGCCGGCAAGAUCGGCAGCACCAUCUUCGUGGCUAACCUGGACUACAAGGUGGGCUGGAAGAAGCUGAAGGAGGUGUUUGGCAUGGCGGGCAUGGUUGUGAGGGCCGACAUCCUAGAGGACAAGGAUGGCAAGAGCAGGGGCAUGGGCACCGUCACCUUCGACAUGCCCAUCGAAGCUGUCCAGGCAGUCUCCAUGUUCAACGGCCAGCUGCUGUUCAACAGGGUCAUGCACGUUAAACUGGAUGAGAAGUCUCUGCCUAAAGGAGACUUCGCUCCCCCGGAGAGACCCCCGGCUCUUCCUCGUGGCCUGAGUGGGAUUGGCCUGGGGCUGGGCCCUGGAGGGCAGCCCAUCGACGCCACCCAGCUGAACCGAGGGGGAGGUGGAGGCGGAGGGGGCGGGAUGGGAAACAUGGGUCCUGGAGGAAUGGACAGGCCAGGAAUGGACGGCAUGGGUUUUGGAGGCAUGGGCAGGAUGGGAGGGAUGGAUAACUUCGGAGGAGGAGGGAUCAACAACAACAACAACAUGGACCGCUUCGGCCCGUCCGGGAUGGGCAGGAUGAGCGAUAUGGACCGCGGUGGGAUUGGCGGUGCUUUUGACCGGGAGUUUGGUCGAAACGACAUCAUGUCUCGCAAUAGUUUCGGCGACUCCUUCGAUCGAGGAAUGGGUAACUCCCUGGGAAUGGACCGUCUGGGCGGAGGUAUGGAUCGCCUGGGCGGAGGAAUGGACCGCCUGGGCGGAGGAAUGGACCGUCUGGGCGGAGGGAUGGAGAGGAUGGAUCGCGUGUCUGACUUGGACAGGCUGGGGUCUGGCUUCGACCGGAUGGGCUCAGGGAUGGAGCGCCUGGGUCCUGGGAUGGACCGCCUGGGCUCCGGUUUAGACCGGAUGACCUCCAGUGUGGACCGCCUGGGCCCGGCCGGGUUCGACCGCCUCGGCCCGUCCAGUUUGGACCGCAUGAGCGGGGGAGGAGGAGGUGGAGGAGGAGGAGGAGGAGGCGGCCUGGACUUCACCUCCCCCAUGGGCAUGGACCGCAUGAAUACCGGGAUGGACCGCAUGGGGUCCAGCUUUGACCGCAUGGGGUCUUCAGGCAUUGACCGCUUCCCCUCCGCCGGGAUCGAGCGCAUGGGCUCGUCCAUGGACCGUAUGGGGGCGGCCGGAGUGGGCGGGGGGCAGUUCGACCGCCCGGCUGACCUGGAGAGAGGGGGGUUCGGAGGGAACUCCUUCGGGGGGGCUGGGGCCGGGGGGCCCGGCGGGCCGGGGGGGGCCAACCCCAGGAAGGGCUGCCAGAUCUUCGUCAGAAACCUGCCCUUUGACUUCACCUGGAAGAUGCUGAAGGACACCUUCAACGCCUGUGGGAUCGUUCAGUACGCCGACAUCAAGAUGGAGAACGGGAAGUCCAAGGGCUGUGGCGUGGUCCGCUUCGACAACCCGGAGACGGCGGAGCGUGCCUGCCGCACCAUGAACGGCUACCGACUGAACGGCAGGGAGAUCGACGUCAGGAUCGACAGAAACGCGUGAUCUUACCGUCUCCCGACCACCUGAUUGGUCCGAUGCGACCCUGUCGAUUAGUUCAAGAUGCAUACAGUCAAUCUUUCCAGAUAUUACUUUGUUAGACAUUUGUGGUGCAAAUGUGUACUUUAGUUAUGGCUUGACAUCCACCCACUCCCCCCACCCCCAACCCUGUAUUUUUUAGAUGACCAAAAUUUUAAUUUCCUUUUCUUUUACUUGUUAUCCCCAAGUCUGUUGCCUUUGUUGUAUAAGGUGUUUUGAUAAAUAAAUAUCAACAUUUGA